AUGAAUAAUAUAUGGUAUAAAAAUAUCCAUCACGAACAAUCAAAUAAACGAAAUGAACUAGCUAUGGCUAUUGGAGUUUUUUCACUUGGUCUUCUAGCGCCAUUUUUUGUCACUUAUCGAAAUCCUCCAAAGAUAGUAAACAACGAGAAACCUAAACGAUCUUUACAAUCUUAUGGUAUAGAUUAUUCAGAUCCAUAUCCAAGUGGAUCCCGUCGAUAUACUAAGUAUCCUCCAAUAAAUAAUUAUAUACAGCGAUUAAAAAAUUUUCAUCAAGCUUUACACAUAAAAUAUUCUUAUCAUUGUUUAAAUUAUUGUUUUUUCCUGUUACUUUUCUCUUAUGUACUUUUAUUUAACUUUCAACCACCAACUUCUUCAGUACCAUGUAUCCAUUGGACUGAAAUUCUAACAAUUAUACUUGUUUCAACCAUGUUAAUUGAAGAAAUACACUAUUUUGUUAGCCAAGAUAGUAUAACAUUGUCUGGAAAAUUUGAAUGUUAUUUUAGGGAUCUAUUUAAAAUUAUGACUCUUAUUGGAUUUAUACUUUUUUAUACUGGAUUAAUUCUACGAUUUACUCAUGCAGAUGAUGAGAAUGAAUUUGUCGCAGCUAGGGUAGUAUGGGCGAUUGAUGUUGAACUUUGGUGGCUCCGUUCUUUAGCAUUUAUUAUUGUUAUACCAUCUCUUGGACCUCAUCUGGUGGCUAUUGGAAAGAUGCUUAAAGAUCUUUUGUUCUUUAUUUGCAUAAUUGCUAUUGUUAUGACUGGUUAUGGUGUUGCAUCUCGUUCAAUGGUUUAUUAUUCAAAUCCAACUUUAUUCAAUGAUACUACUACAGACACAUCAUUUGAUGGUAGAAGUAUUUUUCGUCAAAUUAUAUAUCCAGUAUAUUACUUAUUGUAUGGACAAAUGGGCAAUGAACUCGCUGAUCUCGACACCAAUCCCGAUGCUGCAUGGUCAAUUGCUACACAAGUAUUACUUGCUAUUCAGAUGCUCUUUGUGAACAUAUUACUUACUAAUCUUCUCAUUGCCAUGUUUAGUAAACGAUUUGAUCAAGUUUAUGAUGACACAAAAAAUAUUUGGCAUUCUCAACAAUAUUUAUUCACAAGAGAAUAUUAUACACGUUCACCGUUUCUACCACCUAUAAGUCUUGGGUAUGAUAUUUAUCGUUUAUGCCGUACAGGAUUUUAUGCUAUAAGACGAGUAUGUUUUAAGAAAUCAGCAGAUAGUAAAGCAACAGUAUUUAAAAUGAUUCCAAUCAAUAAAAGUCGUAUGAAAGAAUGGUAUGAAUUUGAAGGUGCAUCAACAUAUGAAUAUGCACAUAUAGAAGCAAAAUCAUUAACAUCAACAUCAACAAUGUCAACAAGUGGAUCAGAUUCUACUAGUAAUGAGAAUAAAGAUGACACAAAUGAUAAUGCAAAUGAUUCAAAUAGUGAUAUUCGACUUGUACAACAUGAUUUAGUAAAAUUAAGUCAAGUAAUUGAAGAAUUGAACGCAAAAAUAGACGCGUUUAUUGAUCCAACACGCCUUAAAAAAGACGCAAAGUGA